GAUUACCAUCCAAGCUCCAGAAUACCAAACCAAAGCCCCAGAAUGUCGAAAAUCCUUGUUGCCGCCAUCGCCUUCGUUACCAUCUGUCUGGUCCUUGUCAGCGCCGCUCCCGCCCCGCCCACUCAGAUCCUGGACGCCCGGACGGCCAUCCAGAAGAUAAUCGACGCAUACAAUCGGAUUCCGGGUCCCUCGGUUGUUCACCCCUGGGAGGUGGCCACUUUGAUUGACCCCAACACCUUUGUGGCCCACUUCUGAAGUUCCAAGCACUUCCAACUCUAACUGACUACCUUAACCAACUAAAAUGCCCAAAUAAAUCCCAUUCGAAAUAUAAGUUAUACGAAAACAAUAUUCUAAUGAUUUAAA